AUGGCCUCGACUACAUCACAGACGUCGGAAAAGUCCGACAAACUCCAAGAUGAACGCCAUGAAAAUACCCUGGUCUUACGCAACGACGCCCUUUACAACUCUACAGCAGCAUACCAUGAGCAGCACAUCGUGCAAGAGAAGUCUGCUAAUCGCAAGGGUGGCAUGUUGGGUAAAUUCCAAAGACUCGGCAACCUCCCAGAGUGGGACGUACCCAGACAUGGCCAGCUGCGCGGCAAGGCUCUCAAUAACACCAUUGCAUGGGCCUCUUGCCUGGCAUUUUUGAUGUUUGGCUAUGAUCAAGGGGUCAUGUCGAGCCUUCUUACACUCGAUGACUUUCAGCGACACUUUCCGCUCAUGACGCCCCUGUCUCGUGCAAACGGCAUUUGCUGGCUUGACGCGCCAGACAACACCAUCAGAAACGAACAGAUGUGCACGGGUGAUGCAAACACCCAAGCUGCGGCUGUCGCUGUGUACCAAAUCGGUUGCUUUCUUGGCGCAGUACUUAUCCUCUUCUACGGAGAAGUCUGGGGUCGCAAGUCCUCCACAUUCUGGGGCAGUUUCAUCAUGAUCGUUGGUACAAUCUUCCAGGUUGCAGCAGGUGGUUCCAAUGGAGGAGAUAUCGGCGCUUAUGCAAUCUUGGUUGUCGGCCGAGUUGUGGGUGGUAUUGGAAACGGCAUGGUGACCUCCACUAUUCCGACGUGGCAAUCCGAAUGCGCAAAUCCAGAAAAGCGUGGGAGACUCAUCAUAACCUCAGGUGCUAUCAUCGUGGCUGGAGUCAUGAUCUCGUACUGGGUCGGCUAUGGCUUCUACUUCCUUCCUGCAGGUAUGAGCUACAGCUCGGUUCGCUGGAGGUUUCCGGUCGCGUUCCAAUCGUUCUUCACUGUCGUCGUGAUGUACAUGCUCCUGUACCUUCCAGAUAGCCCACGCUGGCUACUCAUGCGCGGCCGCGAGGAAGAAGCCAAAGGCCUCCUCGCACGCUUGGCCGAUGCCGACGUCGACUCUGAAGUUGUCAACAUCGAGCUCACUAACAUCAAAGAAGCCCUCGCAGCCCAAAGCUCCCUUGGAACUUUCAAGAUGCGCGAACUUCUUACCAACGGUCCAUCACAGAAUCUGCGCCGCACACUCUUGGGUAUCGCAGCGCAAUUCUUCCAGCAAAUCUGCGGUAUCAACCUCAUUACGUACUACGCCACCUUCGUCUUCGAGAACUCACUCGGCUUCGGCCCGGACAUGUCGCGCCUCCUCGCCGCCUGCAACGGCACUGAAUACUUCUUGGCAGGCCUGAUCGCCAUCCCAUUGAUCGAACGUAUCGGGCGACGCAAGCUAAUGCUCUUCGGCGCUUUUGGGCAGAUGAGCAGCAUGAUCAUCCUUGCUGGUUCAUCCUCUACCGCCGCGGUCGACGAGCUUGGUGCUCCGAGACUGAAUACGCUCUACGGCGUACUCGCCACAGUGUUCUUGUUCGGUUUCAACACCUUCUUCGCCAUCGGAUGGCUGGGCAUGACAUGGCUGUAUCCUGCCGAGAUUACAAACCUGAGGAUCAGGAUCCAAGCCAACGCCUUGUCUACUUGCAGUAACUGGUUGAGCAACUUCCUCAUCGUUAUGAUCACGCCGCCUGCCUUUGAAAACUUGCAGUACAAUACGUACACGAUGUUUGCAGUCUUCAAUGCCGCGCUGAUCCCAGUAGUUUACUUUUUCUUCCCAGAGCCGAAAGGACGGAGCCUGGAGGAGUUGGACGUCAUCUUCGCUGCGGCGAAUGCCGAGGGCAUCAGUCCGGUCAAGAUGGCGAACAAGAUGCCGAAACUUGAAGGGAGGGAAUUGGACAUCGAAAUUGCUAGAUACUGGGGAGGAGAUGUGGAGGGUACAAGGAGGAGGAGCAUCGCGAGCACGCAAGAGCGUGAGCGUAGGAGGAGCUCUGUUGGCGUGCAAUCGUAA